AUGGAUCCUAUAUCCGUCGUACAAGCGAUUUUUUCUACUGCAGUCGCCAUCCAGAAAUGGAUUGAUUUGUCGAACUCUAGGAAUUCGACGAUUCGCGAACUCAAGACAACAGUUUCCAGAAUCUCGAGCAUUCUCUCUCCAUUACUCCCGAUCUCAUCACAGUCACAACCCUCGACGGUAGUUUCUCCUCGUCUUAACCCAGCAACCAUCUCCUGCCUUCAAGAUUUAGGCGAGACUCUCAGCCGUACCAGGGAGCAUUUAUCACUCUGGACGGACAAACGUUCGAAGCGCGUGGCGCUCCUGUCAUUCCUGAGUCCUUCGACUGUCCUGGAUGAGCUCCAAGACGACGAGAAACGGAUUUCCCAGAGGGUCUCCAUAUUAGCAUUUGCGCUGCAGGUAUCUGAUAUGUCCUCGGGGAAUCAGGCUGGAUCAGUCACGGAUCGCCAGCCGUCAGCGGUAUCUUUUCUUGCGAGUGAAGAAGUUAGAAAGUUUUGGACCCAGACAAUUGGAAAUGAAGUGUCGUGCUGCCCUGGAAAGCCCUUCUGUGCUUCCCUUUCUCAUUGGCUCAACAUUCGUAUCGAUGAAGAUACACGCGAUAUUCUUCUCCUACGUCUCGAUGAGUUCGCCGUAGGCGGCGUCACUCCCUCCAGCCUUGACCAGUUCGUGGGACAACGAACUAUGCUCGACGCCUUGAAUCAAAUAGGCGUAAUGCGAAGAAUGAACUCUCUUGAGCUGGCUUCGUCAAUCGCGAAUCCUCAAACCACAGACCUGCUCCUGAUAUGGAUUGAUGACAAUCCUACCAACAACGAGCACCAUAUCAGCCAUGCUCAUUCGCUAGGGAUCACGGUCGUUACGCUUAUGUCCACUGCGUCAGCGAAGGUGUGGAUUGAGGCUAAUGAUAAAAUCCUCCGUCGCGCAGACCAAGCACGUCGCCUGCGAUUCAUCUCUGAUAACGCCCGCUGGGAAUCUUCGAGUGAAUCUGGAUUGCCGUACUCAGAUUUCUUGAACCUCUCAGCGGGAGAGACGAUCCUGCGCUACCUCCGUGGCCGUCAAUUCACAACGCCCGUGCUCAUAUUCUCUGGCGCGAGUAUCAAUCUGACGCACUACGUGCUGAGCUAUUUGAAUACCGGGUCAACCUGGUAUGAUGACAUUGUAAGUCGGUAUAUUGAGGCAUUACAAAGUGGAAGGGACGAUAGAAGCUGGAUCGGAUUCAACGUCGAGCCAAGCUAUACAAACGACGCAGAAUAA